AUGGAGGAUUUCAACAAAGUAAAAAAUCCUAUGGAUGAUGAUGAUGAAGAGAAUCAAUAGUAAUAAAAGAGUUAAUAGCCAAGAUAAGCAGUCUCAGUUAUGAAUCCUAAAAAUAGUUAGCAGUAGUAGCCAAAAAAAUAAUAGAGCGAAAUCAAAAAAAAGACAGUAGCAUUAAAUCCAAUUAUUUAAUAAUCUAAUAUUGUUGAAACAUUUAAUAAUGAAUUUGGCAAAAACACACUUCAGUUUGAUCAUAUUAUUGAAGAGUGUGAACAUUUAUUAUUUGGAAAUUGCUGGGAAGAUCCUGAAUUCCCUGCUAACAAAUAGUCUUUAUCUCUUUACUUUGAAAAAUUGCCAAGAUAAACAUAGGAAGCUUGGCAGUAAAUAGUUUGGAAAAGGCCAAAUGAAUUUUUAAAUGAAGAAAAUAUUAAGCUCUUUGAUGUUAUAGAACCAGAUGAUAUUAAAUAAGGUUUGCUUGGAGAUUGCUACUUUUUAUGCGCAUUGAGUGCUCUUGCAGAAUAAGAUUGUUUAAUCGAAAGAUUGUUUCACACAAAAGAAAAGCAAAAAUAUGGAGUAUAUAGCGUCUGGCUGAAUAUAAAUGGAGAAUGGAUAAAUAUCAACAUUGAUGAUAGAAUUCCUUUUAAGAGAGAUAAACCGGCCUUUAGUAGAGGAUAAGGAGAUGAAUUGUGGGUUUUAUUGUUGGAAAAGGCUUAUGCUAAAGCUUAUGGGUCUUACGAAAUUAUUGAAGGUGGUAAUCCAGCACAUGCAUUAAGAGAUUUAACAGGAGCCCCUUGUGAAAAUGUUGAUAAUUUAACAGCGGAUGAAUUUUGGAAGUAUUUAGAAUAAAAUGAUAAUUAGCAAAAUGUACUUACUUGCUAUACAAAGUCUACAAAUGUUAGGGAAGAAGAAAAUGAAUUAGGUAUUCUUUCAGGACACGCUUAUUCUAUUUUAGAUCACCAGAGUGUUAGAGGAGACGAUAAUUAGUUUCAUAAAAUUCUAAAAAUAAGAAAUCCGUGGGGUAUGAAAGAGUGGACAGGUGAUUGGAGUGAUAACAGUGAUAAAUGGAACCCAGUUUUGAGGUAAAGGUUAAAUGUUGAGAGUAAAAAUGAUGGUACUUUUUGGAUGUCAAUUUAUGACUUUGCAAAAUAUUUCGAAGGAAUUGGAAAUUGUAAGGUUAGACCUGACUAUUCAUAUAAUUCUAUAAAGCUUGAUUUCACAAAAGAUAAAAUAAAAGUUGUGCAAUUUAAAGUCAAAGAGGCUACUCAUGGCUUCAUCUCAAUAAACUAGUUUGAUGAAAGAAUGUUUUAUCAUAGUAACAAGGAGUACCAAUAUUCAAACUGUAGAAUGUUCAUUUUAAAGAAGAAUUAAAAAAAGGAAUUUGAGUAUGUAGGUGCAUUAUAUGGUAUAGAUAGAAAUCUCUAUAUUGAAUAGAAAUUCCUACCAGGUGAGUACAUUGUUGUAGCAUAAAUCUUCUGGAAAUAAGAUAUCAUUAGAGAGUGUUCAAUUAGUUCUUAUUCGCAUAAGCCAAUAUCAUUUGAGUAUUUAGAAGGUGUUAAUCCUGUUGAAAUGUUGAAAAUAGCUUUUAAAUGUGUUUCAAUAGAAACUGCUGAAAAAAUAGACCCUUAAACUGGUAAAGAGCUUUAAAAAAUAAUGUCUUAUGUUAAACCAGAUAGGAAUUGGAAUUUCCCUCUCCUUACAAAAAGAUAUGGAUUUUAGUAUGGAUCAUUUUACAUGUAUUAUAAAAAUGGAGAAAUGCAAUAGAUUUUAAAUGAAGAGUUGAAUUUUAAAAUGGAAGGAUAUAUCCCACUCGAACCCUACUACAGUGAAGAUGAAUUCUAACAAGGCAAAUAUAAUGGGCUUUAUGAAAAGAAAAUUGAGAUUACCAUUCCAGGCGAUAGAGAAGCUGUUAUUUUGUUUGAUAGCUGUGGUUCUAAGUUUACAUAUAAUUUCAGCACUAGGCCAUAAGUACACAAUAUUCACACAGAUGAGGGUAAAAGGCUUAUCAGAGAAAGUAUACAAACCUAGCAUUAAUUGCUUAAGGAAGAAUCAGAUAAGUUUGUAGCUAAAAAAAAUGUAAGUUCUUUUGGGAGAUCAUAAAUUAUUGGGCAAGUAGGUAACCCAGAUUCAAGAAGGCCAAGUUUUGUAGAUUUGUCUGGAAUAAGAAUGAAAUCAGAUAAUAAACUAAAAUCAGUUGUUCAACCUGAAUAAUUAAAUCAAAAUGAAAACACUGAUAUUCCAGAAAUAGAAGAAGAAUGUCUAGAAUUCUUUGAUGAUUUAUUAGGAAAAAGAAUAACUAAUUGGGGUUUAUUUAUUAACUGGAUAACAUUCCUUAUGUUUCCUAUAUUUUUGCUCUAGUCCUUUUCAAAGAAUACCUAUUUAGAUAUGAUGAUUGCUAUGAGCAUAAUUAAUUUGGUGAAUGCUGAGAAACUAACACAUUAACUAUUGAGAUUAAUUAUUUUAGCCUUAUAUUUUUCAUUAAUUGUCGAUAUAAUAUUCAUCUUACAAGAUCAUGAAAAUAAUCAUUUGCUCACUGGUCAAAGUCUAUACACAGGAAUGUAUAAAUUCAGUAUAUUCUUUGUUUAUAUAGGCAUACUUUAUAAAAUAUUUGCUAGCUUUUCUUAUCUUCAUGUUUAUAAAAAUUUCUUAGCAGUUAUUCCCUACAUUUAACAAGGAUUCAGAAAAAUAAGGUAUUUCCUAAGAGAUUUAUAAUUAGAUAAGGAAACAAUAGCUCGUCUUUAAUAAUAAUAUCAGUAGAGAGGCUAAUAGUAAUCUCCAGAAUAUUAAUAUUAGAAAAUGUAGACAUUUGGUGAAAGUUAGAAUAAAAUUUAACAAAUUAAUAGCCACGAAAAUAUUACAUUACAAGUUCAUCAUUGA